CGGUACAUCAACGAUCACAGUUCUUAUUAACCACAAUUGCUAAUAAAAACGCCAGAAGAAAGUAGUUAGUAUAAACAAACCCAUCAAUCGCCAGCAGACUUGUAACUUUCAUUAUCCACAAUAUUGUUCAGUCACAGUUACGAUGGGACUUCAGUGGGAAUUGGAGGCAAUAGUUGUACUCCAGCUGAAAAUGUGCGGAAAUAUUAGUCGGUACGAGGACAGAGCUGUAAUAUUACACUAUGAUUUGUUCUUUUCAUAGUAGAAAAGCUGUUUGGUUUGCCACCAUCCAAUGAGUUUACUCUCAUCAAAUAACCACUAGAGGUUUUUGUGCUCGGCUCGCAACACUAACACACACACUGUCUCUCUCUCUCUCUUUGCCAACAAUUCUUUUGUAUCCCAUCUCCAUAACAACAGUGUGAGUGGCCGAGAGCGAGAGCGGGCAGAGAGAGUGAGUUUCUAAUAUUCACCGCAUGGAAAGGCGGAGCUGCGGAGAGCAUGUGUGAGUGAGUGUGUGUGAGAGAAACGGAGAUGCUCAGAUGGUAGUGUGUGUCGGGGUGGAAUCAGGGCGGUGUGAUGACUUGAAGCACAUCAGAGUAGAUGAAGACGCAGGAGAUCAGCUAACGCCACACAUGGCUAACUUGAAGAAGUUUAUGGAAUAUGUUCAGCAGAGGAACGUUGAGAAGGUAUCAAAGUUUCUGGAGAAAGGGCUCGACCCAAACUACCACGACCCAGACACCGGAGAAUGUCCUCUGACAAUGGCGUCGCAGCUGGAAGGUUGUGCAGAGCUUAUAAAGGUCCUGAAGAAUGGAGGAGCUCACCUGGAUUUCAGGACCAGAGAUGGCAUUACCGCCCUUCACAAAGCAGUCCGCACCAAGAACCACACGGCACUUAUUACGCUGCUGGAUCUGGGAGCCUCUCCGGAUUACAAGGACAGUCGAGGCCUCACUCCUCUGUAUCACAGCUCUAUGGUGGGGGGCGACCCAUACUGCUGCGAGCUCCUGCUGCACGAUCACGCUCAGGUGGGCUGCAUGGAUGAGAACGGCUGGCAGGAGAUUCACCAGGCUUGCCGUCAUGGACAUGUGCAGCAUCUGGAACACCUGCUGUUUUACGGAGCGGACAUGAGCGCUCAGAAUGCUUCUGGAAACACUGCCCUGCACGUGUGUGCUCUCUACAACCAGGAUAGCUGCGCGAGAGUGUUGCUGUUCAGAGGGGCGAAUAAGGAGAUUAAGAACUACAACAGCCAAACUGCCUUCCAGGUGGCUAUUAUAGCUGGAAACUUUGACCUGGCAGAAAUUAUAAAGACUCACAAAGCAUCAGAUGUUGUGCCUUUCAGGGAAACGCCUUCCUACACAAAUCGCCGGCGCGUGACUGGAGGCGACACUCUGACAUCCUCACGCUCGCUGCCUCGCUCCGCCUCCGACAAUAACCUGAACAAUGUGGCAGACGCUAGCCACGCCCACUCCCCUGUGCCGUCUCUGAGGAGCCUGCCCCCUCUGGCCCACUCCGGGAUCGACCCUGCGGCUGACGGCAGUCUACAGAGCACGGGCAGCUCGUUGUCCUCACACUCCCGCUCACCGUCCCUCCAGCGCGUCACUGAGGAGGCCAGCGUGCUUGCAGGACGCCGACACAUGCCCCUCAUGCACUCACACAGCCGCGGACGCCUCAGCCCGGGGACGGUCCAGCGGGACCCCAGCCCUCCUCCCGUGGGGCCCUCGCACACACUCUCAGGAGCCCGGGGCCCCAAAAGGAAACUCUACAGCGCGGUGCCGGGGCGCACAUUCAUCGUGGUCAAACCAUACUCACCGCAGGGAGAGGGAGAGAUCCAGCUGAACCGCGGAGAGAGGGUCAAAGACUACCACUCAAACGCAGUGGAAGUGUUAAGUAUAGGAGAAGGGGGAUUCUGGGAAGGGACGGUAAAAGGAAGAACCGGUUGGUUUCCUGCAGACUGCGUGGAGGAAGUACAGAUGAGACAGUAUGAUCCUCGACUUGAGACGAGAGAGGAUCGAAACAAGAGGCUGUUCAGACAUUACACUGUGGGCUCCUACGACAACUUUACCUCAUAUAGUGAUUACAUCAUCGAGGAGAAGAACGCUAUGCUCCAGAAGAAGGAGAAUGAGGGAUUCGGCUUUGUUUUGCGAGGAGCAAAAGCGGAGACACCCAUUGAAGAGUUUACACCCACACCUGCCUUUCCUGCACUGCAGUACCUUGAGUCUGUGGAUGUCGAGGGCGUGGCCUGGAGGGCGGGGCUUAGAACUGGAGACUUCCUCAUUGAGGUGAAUGGUGUAAAUGUGGUAAAAGUGGGACACAAGCAGGUGGUGUCACUCAUCCGGCAGGGCGGGAACAGCCUCCUGAUGAAGGUGGCAUCAGUCACACGCAAGCCAGAGUCUGAGGAGACAGUCAGGAAAAAAGCGCCCCCGCCUCCUAAAAGAGCACCCAGCACCACCCUCACCCUGAGGUCCAAAAGCAUGACCGCUGAGCUCGAAGAACUGGCCUCUGCAAGGAGGAGGAGAGGAGAAAGGUUAGAUGAGAUUUUGGCCUCUCAGGAGACAGUACUGAGGCCAAAGGUGGAAGCAGACUAUAGAGCCGCCACGGUGAAGCAACGUCCUACCAGUCGCCGAAUUACACCAGCAGAAAUCAGUUCUCUUUUUGAGCGACAAGGACUUGCCCUUCAUGGUGCUCUUCACCCAGCGUUGGAAAAAGCCCACAUGCAGCUGCCGAAAAGCAUGGCUCGAACAAAGUCUUUUGGAGCCACCGAAGAGGAUCGACUGUCUGCCCUGGCAGCGGAGCACAGAUUUCCACGAAGCUCCUCCAUGACGGACAGCCUGAGAGACAGCCAUAGUAUCCCUCCACCUCCUCAGAUGGCUCCCCCACCUCCUCCAUCGCUUUACUAUCUAGAUACUGGACCCCCUCCUUCAUUCUGCCCACCCCCUCCCCCUGGCCGCCUUCACGACCCCAGCCGUUCCAGUUUUAAACCAGGCUCUGAGCCGAGACUACAUGCAUUGCCUCAGACAAUGUCUGCUGAGCUGUAUGAGCCGCCUCGCCAUGCCUCCCACAUGGAGAGGCAGAAGAAAGCCCGCUCCAUGAUCAUCCUGCAGGAUUCCUCCCACCUCCCUGUGGAGCCUACUGACAUCCCCAGGCCAGGUCCUGUCUCAACUCCGCCUGAGAGAAUCAAGCGGAAAGGCAGAAUCAUAGAUAACCCCUACGCCAAUGUGGGUCAGUUCAGCGUGGGUAUGUUCACGCCAACUCCCAGCAAGCCACAACGGAGGAAGAGCCCACUUGUUAAGCAACUGCAGGUGGAAGAUGCUCAGGAAAGAGCCUCGCUAGCAUUGGCAUCCAUCCAUGCGAGGGAGCACUCUCCUUCUGGGCGCCUUGCUGCCCAGCACACCAGCAGGUCUGACUUCUUUCAUCAGCAGCAGCAGCUGUUGCAUGAACGCAGUCAAGCUCAUGCUGAAGGACUGUUGCAAGGAAAAGGACCUUUUGCUGCUGCCAUUGCUGAUGCUGUGAAGGACAGAGAACGUCGUCUGGAGGAGAGGCGGAAAUCUACAGUCUUCCUAUCAGUGGGAACUAUGGAGGGCAGUUCAGCACCACCCCCCGAGGCCCCCUCGCUCACACCAUCCCGUUCUGUUGAUGAACGAAUGCUCACGCGUGAACUCGGUCAAUUGCCUCCUCCCGCCUUGGCGUUACGUCCCUCACCUGGGGGCACCACCUUCAUUCACCCACUGACAGGUAAGCCCCUGGACCCCAACUCUCCAUUGGCACUUGCGCUGGCCGCAAGAGAACGAGCAUUAACUUCCCAGAGUCAGUCCCCCUCAAGCAGCCCUGAGCCCAGAACUAAACAUGAAACUGCUGGAGGGGUACUGUAUAUGGAGACCCAGACCAAAGAGGCUGAGCGGUCAGAGGGUGAGGGUGGGUUUGCUUCACCUCCCUUUUCUCCUGCAACAAAAAGAAUUUACGAGACCUCCGUCCCCACUAGCAAGAUUCAGUGGGGAAGUCCCAUAUCUACCAGGAAAGAGUUAGAAACAAGGACAGAAAGGAAGGAGGAGAGGAAAAUUGAGGACAAAAAGAGUAUGAUCAUCAGCAUCAUGGACACGUCUCAGCAGAAAACGGCUGGGCUUAUCAUGGUUCAUGCAACGAGUAAUGGGCAGGCUGUAGGGCCCAGUCCAGAGCGCAGUGUCCCUUCCCCUAAGGGGAUAUUGUCAGAAAGUCCCAAACCCAUGUUGGCCGAAAUUAAACGUGCAAAGUCCCCUGGUCCCGAAGCUCCUUCGAUAUCCACCCCACCACCCACCGCAGCUCCAACUUCCCAGCCCCCUCCCAGCCCAUCCUCAGACAAAACCUUGGCUCAGGGUAGUUCUGAGGAGGAUGCCGAACCCUAUACAGUCACCUUGCCACCUGCCAUGCUAUCCUCCAGUGACGAGGAGACAAGAGAGGAGCUUCGUAAAAUCGGUGUGGUUCCUCCGCCGGACGAAUUUUCAAAUGGCCUUCUUGCUAAGACUCCUGAAACUGCAGUACCUCCUGCUCCCACGUUGACGCAGACAACUCCUUCUACCUUGCCCUCAGCUCCACCCGCUCCACCACCCCCUGCUCCUACAGCAGCGGUCGCUGCAGCAGCACAGGUCCCUGCUAGCAGUGGCCUGCAAGCAGCCUCAGGGAAGCCAUCUGAGUCCCACCUGGGCCCAGAGUCUGCUGCUGACUCCGGGGUGGAAGAGGUAGACACUCGUAGCUCCAGCGAUCAUCACCUGGAGACCACGAGCACCAUCUCUACUGUCUCCAGCAUGUCCACACUGUCCUCGGAAAGCGGCGAGCCAACAGACACUUACACCACCCACGCAGAUGGCCAGACGUUCAUUCUUGAUAAGCCGCCAGUGCCUCCAAAGCCAAAGCUCAAGUCCCAGCUCAGCAAGGGCCCGGUGACGUUCAGGGACCCCCUGCUCAAGCAGUCAUCUGAUAGCGAACUGCUCUCACAGCAGCAUGCGGCUGCACUGGCUGCUGCUGCGGGAGCCUCAGGCCCGGCCAGACCCCGCUACCUCUUCCAGAGACGCUCCAAGUUGUGGGGGGACACAGUAGAACCCCGUCCGCUUUCGGGGGCAGAGGAAGGCAAGCCCACUGUGAUCAGCGAGCUCAGCUCCCGGCUGCAGCAGCUGAACAAGGACACACGCUCACUUGGGGAAGAGCCACUUGGAGCUUCACUUGACCCCGGACGAAAAUCCCCCGUGGUCGGUCCAAGACUCUUCAGCAGUUUGGGAGAGCUCCAUACUAUCUCUCAGAGAGGCUACGGCACCACCUACACCAUCAGACCAGGCAGCCGCUACCCAGUAACCCGCAGGACUCCCAGUCCCGGAUCCCCGGACCGCUCAGAUCCUCUAGGACCCAUCCGGGGUUUCGGCCUGGCCACGUCACCGAUCACACCUCCCACCAUCCUUAAGUCGUCCAGCCUCAGUCUCCCUCACGAACCGAAAGAAGUGCGUUUCGUCAUGAGGAGCUCCAGUGCACGGAGUCGCUCACCCUCGCCGGCCCCUUCGCCAGGCAUGACCUCCCCGCUUCUCACCCUGCGGCCGUUCCACCAGAAACCCCUUCAUCUGUGGAACAAGUACGACGUGGGAGACUGGCUGGCCAGCAUUAACCUGGCCGAACACCGGGAUCGUUUCCAGGAGCACGAGAUCGAGGGCUCCCAUCUGCCUGCUCUGACCAAGGAGGACUACGCUGAGCUGGGUGUGACACGUGUCGGUCACCGCAUGAACAUUGAGCGCGCCCUUAAACAGCUGCUGGAGAGUUGACCACGCGCCUCCCUCUGCCUGUAGCUAGUCUCAACACGGUUUACUUUUAAAUUCCUACUUUAUUUCAUUUGGGGGGGGGGUUCUUGUGAUUUCAGAGCUUUCAAGAAACACUCUAUGUUUUUUUUUUGGAAGUGACCUGAAGUUAACAGUUGGGGUUUACCAUUUUUGAAGCCUUUUAGCUGAUCUCUGGGUCUGGCAGGAGCACUUUUAGUUUAGCUUAGCAUAGAUCAUUGAAUUGGAUUAGACCAUUACCAUCUUACUCAAUAAAAAAAACUGAAAAUUAUUUUUAAUAAGCUUAAUAUUUUAAGCUUCUCGCUCAAAAAUGACCAAAUAGUUUAAACAUUUUCCUUUUUAAAGCUUGACCUUUCUGUAGUUAAAUUGUGUAUGAAGACUGACGGAGAAUUAAAAGAUGCUAUUUAUUAGGUCAGUAAGUCUAAGAACUAAUGGCCUAAUGCUAUUUAAUCACACAUGCUAAUCAGUUUACGAGUUAUCCAGAGUUAAUAGUUGGUGUUUACCAUUUUUGAAUAUUUUAAGCCAACUCCGGGUCUGGCAGGAGCACUUUUAGCUUAGCUUAGCAUAGAUCAUUGAACUGCAUUAGACCAUUAGCAUCUCACUUAAUAAUUUUCCUCCGCUAUAGUUACAUCGUGACUGAUGGAAAAUGAAAAGAUGCUAUUUAUUAGCUCAGUAAGUCUAGAAACUAUAUCGUCAUUUGGGUGUAA